AUGUCAGAUUCUUCUUUGGUUAAGAAACUGAGAAAGAAAAGAAAGUAUGUUAAAUUCAGCAACAGUAUUUUUAAUGGCGAAGACCUCAUCGUAGUCAAAGAAAUAAAACCUCCGUUUAAAAAUGAAUUAAUCUCAAAAGCCAUCGUCAAGCUAGCUCACAAAGAGAAACUAUUGAGACUUGAACCAAUUGCCAAAGAUAAGGAGAUCAAGCCAAGUGGAGAGUACAGUUUUAUGAAAUAUGAUCAGAGAGCACGAAUUUCUGAGGAACGAAAGUUUAGCUGGGAUCAACUACGUUUAGAAAAGAAGAGAUGCUCCUCACUUAAUAAUAAUAGCACUGGCUCUAUGAAGAAGGAUAAGGUUACAAGCCAUAGGAAAAUGAAACGAAACUUAUUUGAUAAAAUCCUUCAAGGAAGAAUUGAAAGGAAUAAUGAAAAAUAUCUUAACGUCAAUAAUAUCACGAGCUCAAUAUAUAACAUUAAGAAUAUCAGAUUUGAUUACAACAGCUUUGAAAAAUCUAGGAGUCAUAGUAAAAGGUCGCAAAAGUCAAAUUCCAGUCUCAUGACUCUUUGUUUAGGAGACACUCCAUUAAGUGUAUCUCAUUCCAAGCAGCAGCCAGAUCUAUAUUCCGCCUCUCGAUUUCCAACCAUGUCUUCCAAUCAUCCUAAAAGAAGCUCUAGCAGCACAAUCAGUGGAGUAUCUGCUGAGAAAACUAAAAUAGACGACAGAAAAAUAAGGAUGAUAAAACUUAAGAAAAUGGGCAUGGUCAGUCUGAAAUAUUCCUCCUCUAAAAAAAGAAAUUUAAAGGUGGAACGAAAGAAUAGAUUUAGGAAUCCAAGUCAAGGCAAAAGGGAUUUGUCAACUUAUUUGGACUCAAGAAGACUCGAUUAUUUGAUGGCAAAAUAUAUGAGGCAGCAACAAAAAGGGAGUAUAUUCAGUCAGAAUCCUCCUGGCCUUAACAUAAUGCUAUAAAUAAUCACAACAUAACAUCAAACACACCUGACUCUCUUAACCCCCCUCAACACCCCUCCCUCAUAAACAAGACCAAUCUAAAACUAAAACAAUCCUCCCACUCAAUCUUCCACACUCACUUCUGCCCUUACACCUCCACAAGCAGCGCUCACCUCAAAAACUCUGCCUCUAUGAUUUCCCUCUAAGCUACAU